CCUCUGCAGUGUAGAGCACACCCAGUCCUGGCCUCCUGCCCCAGAGCCAGCCGAGGGGCCUCAGCUCUUCCACCACUGCUUCCUAGUCCUUUAAAUCCUGGAGGCAAACUUUUUGGGGAUAAGGAACGCUGGGAGGGGCUUGUGGCUUAACCCUCUCUGCCCAGGAACAAGGAACAGAGCAGACGGAGAACUAGUGUGACUUGGCUCCUGCUUGGUCUCCUUCCAUGGCCCCGAGAGGGGCUGAAGGUUCUCCUGCAGGUUCGGCUGACACUUCCUCCACCAGGUGAAAUCCCGCCCGGAGGAAGAAGGAAGAAGGCGCGGGCGGGGGACUAGGAGGCGAGGCGGAGGCGGACUCUGAUACCGGGAGGGUCCCAGCCCGAGCCCCGCUGUCGCCUGCCCCGCUCAGAAAGAGCCACGAGAUGCCGGUGCUGAAGCAGCUGGGCCCCGCGCAGCCCAAGAAGAGGACCGAGCGCGGCGCGCUGUCCAUCUCGGCGCCGCUUGGCGACUUCCGGCACACACUGCACGUGGGGCGUGGCGGCGACGCCUUCGGGGACACCUCCUUCCUGAGCCGCCACGGCGGCGGACCACCCUCCGAACCCUGCGCUCCGCCCGCGGGGAGCCCACGUAGCGCGACGCCGGCCGCAGUGUCGCAGCCUGCAGCGCCCGCCCCCCGCCCAUCGGCUCCCGCCGACCCGCUGCUGUCCUUCCACCUGGACCUGGGCCCCUCCAUGCUGGACGCCGUGCUGGGAGUCAUGGACGCGGAGCGCGCCGCGGCCGCCAAGCCCGAAGUGGACGCGCGUCUCGAGGCGCAGCACCCCAGGGCCCGCUGCCGCCCCAACGCCGACCUCGAGCUGGACGAUGUCCUUGGUCUGUAGGCGUCAGGUUCCUCGCGCCCUCCCUACCGGCACCCCACUUCUGCGCACAUAAAACGGCUAAGGUUUGCGCCA